AUGGCUUCUCCAGAGACAAGCCCAUCAGAUACUUAUUCCAGACUGUCAGAGGCCUGUCCCCCGUGCCUCUGCUCCCUGGCCACCAUGCUGAAGAGGUCACUGCUGGGGAAUGACAACAGUGAGCUGAACUUGGAUGAUGGGGCUAAGGACCCUUUGGAGAGCAGAAGCAGCAGCAGCACCCAAGACAAUGUCCCUCUUGCUGGGGAAGCAGACACGCUGUCGUUCACACAAACCUUGAUCCAUUUAUUGAAAAGCAACAUUGGCACGGGACUCCUGGGGCUUCCUCUGGCCAUGAAAAAUGCUGGCUUAUUGGUGGGACCUGUCAGCCUGCUGGCCAUCGGGGUCCUCAUGGUGCACUGUAUGGUCAUCCUGCUGAAGUGCGCCCACCACCUCACUCAGAGACUGCAAAAGACGUUCAUGAACUAUGGAGAGGCCAUGAUGUACAGCCUGGAAUCCUGCCCGAGCCCCUGGCUGAGGACCCAUUCAAUAUGGGGAUGGUACACAGUCAGCCUCUUAUUAAUCAUCACCCAGCUCGGUUUCUGCAGUGUUUAUUUCAUGUUUAUGGCAGACAAUUUACAACAGAUGGUGGAAGAGGCCCAAGUCAUGUCUAAAACCUGCGAGCCCCGAGAGGUCCUGGUGCUGACUCCCAUCCUAAACAUCCGGUUCUACAUGCUGAUCAUCCUGCCCUUCCUGGUGCUGCUGGUGCUCAUCCAGAACCUCAAAGUGCUGUCCAUCUUCUCCACACUGGCCAGCGUCACCACGCUGGGGAGCAUGGCGCUUAUCUUCAAGUACAUCGUGCAGGGGAUUCCCUAUCCCAGCAACCUGCCCCUGGUGGCAAGCUGGAAGACCUUCUUACUGUUCUUUGGUACAGCCAUCUUCACAUUUGAAGGCGUGAGUAUGGUUCUGCCUCUCAAAAACCAGAUGAAGAAUCCACAGCAGUUUUCCUUUGUUCUGUACCUGGGGAUGUCCCUUGUCAUCUUCCUCUACAUCUGCCUGGGAACGCUGGGCUACAUGAAGUUUGGGUCAGACACGAAGGCCAGCAUCACCCUCAACUUGCCCAAUUGCUGGUUGUACCAGUCGGUCAAGCUGAUGUACUCAGUUGGCAUCUUCUUCACCUACGCCCUCCAGUUCCACGUCCCAGCUGAGAUCAUCAUCCCAAUUGCCAUCUCCCAGGUGUCAGAGAACUGGGCUCUGUUCACAGACCUGUCUGCCCGCACGGCCUUAGUCUGUCUGACCUGCAUCCUGGCCAUCCUCAUCCCCCGCCUGGACCUGGUCAUCUCCCUGGUGGGCUCCGUGAGCAGCAGCGCCCUGGCCCUCAUCGUCCCACCCCUGCUGGAGAUCAGCACCUUUUACUCCGAGGACAUGAGCACCCUCACCAUCGCCAAGGACAUUGUGAUCAGCAUCCUGGGCCUCCUGGGGUGUAUAUUUGGGACAUACCAAGCCCUCUAUGAGUUGACCCAACCUGUCAACCAUUCCCUGGUCAACUCUACAGGUGUCUAUUAA